UAUGGGUAGUGCGGUCGAGACACUAUGUGGACAAGCGUAUGGUGCCCAUCGGUACGAUAUGCUUGGGAUCUAUCUACAAAGAGCAACAAUAGUUCUCGCUAUAGUUGGCUUACCUAUGACAGUACUAUACACCUUCUCGUACCCGAUUCUUCUCCUCUUAGGCGAGCCCAAAUCAGUGUCGUACAUGGGAUCUUUGUACAUCGCUGGACUCAUCCCACAAAUAUUCGCCUACGCCAUCAACUUCACAGCCCAAAAAUUUCUCCAGGCUCAAAGCGUGGUGGCUCCAAGCGCGUACAUCUCAGCCGCCGCACUCCUCACAGUGAUAUCAUUGACGUGGGUCACCGUAUAUGUAAUGAACAUGGGCCUUAUGGGUAUUGCUUAUGUCCUUACUAUCUCUUGGUGGUUCAUAGUUGGGGCUCAGACGGUUUACAUUACAUCUAGCCUAAGGUUUAGAGACACAUGGACUGGUUUUAGUUGGAGAUCGUUCCAUGGUCUUUGGAGCUUCUUCAAACUGUCCGCUGGCUCCGCUGUAAUGAUUUGUUUGGAAAUGUGGUAUUCACAAAUUCUUGUACUUCUCGCCGGUUUGCUCAAAGAUCCUGCACUCUCUCUUGAAUCUUUAUCAAUCUGUAUGUCAAUUUCAGUAUUAUCAUUCAUGGUCUCCGUCGGAUUCAAUGCGGCUGUAAGUGUACGAACAAGUAAUGAGCUUGGAGCAGGAAAUCCAAAAUCGGUGUUGUUCUCUACAUGGACCGCGACUUUUGCUUCCUUCGUGAUCUCUGUCGUGGAGGCCCUCGUCGUGAUUGCCUCACGUGAUUACAUUAGCUAUAUUUUCACGUCGGACGUUGAGGUGGCUAAGGCCGUCUCUGACCUCUGUCUCUUUCUCGCCGUCACCAUCAUUCUCAACGGAAUCCAACCUGUAUUAUCCGGAGUGGCAGUGGGAUGUGGAUGGCAGACAUACGUGGCCUAUGUGAACGUCGGUUGUAACUAUUUUGUUGGUAUUCCUAUUGGGUGUAUUCUCGGCUUCACUUUCAAUUAUCAAGCCAAGGGAAUAUGGACCGGGAUGAUUGGAGGUACCCUCAUGCAAACACUCAUCUUGCUUUACGUCACGUAUACAGAUUGGGAUAAAGAGGCCGAAACAGCGAGAAAGCGAUUGGAUGUGUGGGACGAGGACAAGGACACUCGCCAGAAUUCGUAAUGGAUUUAUAUAAAGAUAGUUUAUUUUUCAAAAAGAAAAUAUUUUUUUAAAGAAAAUUUUGAUAUAGAAUUAGCACAUUAAACAUCUAUUCACUGUUUUU